AUGUAUAUCUCUCGUGCUAUCGGUCGCGUUGCCUCGAACGCGUUCCGUGCUGCCCCUGCUGCACGCAUCGCUAACAAGUCAUUCACUGCUCCUGUCGCCAUCAAGGCUCGCAACUAUGCCUCUGAAGCUAAUGCUGCUGGUCAAAUUCGUUCGGUUAUUGGUGCCGUUGUUGACGUUCAAUUUGACCAAGAGAACUUGCCUGCUAUCUUGAACGCUUUGGAAGUCAAGGAUCAUGCUGGUGGUCGUCUUGUCCUCGAAGUUGCUCAACACUUGGGUGAGAACACUGUUCGUACUAUUGCCAUGGAUGGUACUGAAGGUCUUGUUCGUGGUCAAAAGGUCAUUGACACUGGUGCUCCUAUCACCAUUCCUGUUGGUAACGAAGUCCUUGGUCGUAUCAUUAACGUCAUUGGUGAGCCCAUUGAUGAGCGUGGUCCUAUCAAGUCCAAGGCCACUCGUGCUAUCCACGCCGAUGCUCCCGAAUUCGUUGAUCAAUCUCCUACUCCCGAGAUUCUUGAGACUGGUAUCAAGGUUGUCGAUUUGCUUGCUCCCUAUGCUCGUGGUGGUAAGAUUGGUCUUUUCGGUGGUGCCGGUGUCGGCAAGACCGUCUUGAUUCAAGAGUUGAUCAACAACAUUGCCAAGGCUCAUGGUGGUUACUCCAUCUUUUGUGGUGUUGGUGAACGUACUCGUGAGGGUAACGAUUUGUACCACGAAAUGAUUUCCACUGGUGUCAUCAAGCUUGAUGGUGAAUCCAAGUGUGCUCUUGUCUUUGGUCAAAUGAACGAACCCCCUGGAGCUCGUGCUCGUGUCGCUUUGACUGGUUUGACCAUUGCCGAAUACUUCCGUGAUGAGGAAGGCCAAGAUGUGUUGCUCUUCAUUGACAACAUUUUCCGUUUCACUCAAGCCGGUUCCGAAGUGUCCGCUUUGCUUGGUCGUAUUCCCUCUGCUGUCGGUUAUCAACCCACUCUUUCCACUGAUAUGGGUGGUAUGCAAGAGCGUAUUACUACCACCAAGAAUGGUUCCAUUACCUCCGUGCAAGCUGUCUACGUCCCUGCUGAUGAUUUGACCGAUCCUGCUCCUGCUACUACUUUUGCUCACUUGGACGCCACCACUGUGUUGUCUCGUUCCAUUGCUGAGUUGGGUAUCUACCCCGCUGUCGAUCCCCUUGACUCCAAGUCUCGUAUCUUGGAUCCCCGUAUCGUUGGUGAUGAGCACUACUCCGUUGCCACUGGUGUCCAACAAAUCCUUCAAAACUACAAGUCUCUUCAAGAUAUCAUUGCCAUUUUGGGUAUGGAUGAAUUGUCCGAAGAAGAUAAGCUCGUUGUCGAACGUGCCCGUAAGAUCCAACGUUUCUUGUCCCAACCCUUCGCUGUUGCCCAAGUCUUCACUGGUUAUGAAGGUCGUCUUGUCAAGCUCACUGACACCAUCCGCUCCUUCCGUGAAAUCUUGGAUGGUAAGCACGAUAGCCUUCCUGAAUCCGCUUUCUACAUGCAAGGCGAUAUCAGCGAUGUCAUCAAGCGUGCUGAGGAACUUGCCAAGGAGAUGGGUGCCCAGUAA